GUCCGGCAGAAUUUUAUGAGACCUGUGGGAAUGAAUUCAGCUGCGGCAGCAUCACCGGAAUAGGAUAUCCUUUCCGGGGAUACGAAGAUCCCGCAUACUGUGGCUAUCCCGGGCUAGAGCUAAGAUGCGAUCAGAGCAGCAAUGUUACAAGACUGGAGAUCCAGAACAUGACAUAUUGGGUCUUGGAUAUCCAUCCAACCGCCCAGACUUUGAGGGUUGCUAGAGAAGACGUGAUGGAGAACAACUGUCCUACUGAUUUAGUAAACAUGACUUUAGAUUACACCCUGUUUGAUUACUCCGCGAGUUAUAUAAACGUCACGUUUCUCUAUGGCUGCCUAGUCAAUGUGCCCAACGUUCUUUACUCAUGUGGGAACAAUAGUCUGUCUGUCUUGACGGGAGAAGUUGGUGCUGGACUGUGUAAGGCCAGCGUGGUAUAUCCGGCACUUCAAACGGGUGAUAGAGGAUCAUUUAAUUUUACGCGCUUGGAUCAAGUCCUUCGGCAAGGGUUCGACAUCAGAUGGAAAGUGGAUACUGGCAUAUGCAAUGAGUGCACCAGGUCCGGUGGAAGGUGUGGGUACGGCGGUGGCACAAAUCAAAAUCAAAAUCAAACUACUUGUUUCUGCCCAAAUCAGCCCUACGUCGAAUCUUUUGCUUGCUCGUCAAAUUCAUCACCUUCUAGAGGUGGUUAUUCUGCAGGAAAGAAUCGUUCACAAAGGCUGAGAAAUGUAAUAGGAAUUUCAGCAGCAGGAGUACUACUGGCAACAAUAAUAAUCAUCUCUGUAGUAAUUCACCGCAUCGUAAACAAGAAACCAGCUUAUGGGUCUAUCUUACUAUUAUUUAAGAAGACAUCAAAAGAAAAUCUGAUCCUUGAAGCCGCCAUCAAGCAAUAUGGAUCCCUUGCCCCAAGAAGAUACAGCUAUUCCUAUAUCAAGAGAAUGACAAACUCCUUUAAAGAUAAACUCGGCGAAGGUGGAUAUGGGAAAGUUUACAAAGGAAAUCUUUUUGCCGGCCGUCCUGUUGCAGUAAAGAUUCUGAAUACAUCCAAAGGAAGUGGAGAGGAAUUCAUCAAUGAGGUCGCAAGCAUUAGCAGAACAUCCCAUGUUAACAUUGUUGCUUUAAUAGGAUUCUGCUUUGAAGGUCAGAAAAGGGCUCUCAUCUAUGAAUUCAUGCCUAAUGGAUCUUUGGAGAGAUAUUUACAUGGUGAAACAACGUCAAAGACUGAUGUUCACCUGGGAUGGGCAAAACUUUAUCAAAUUGCAUUGGGGAUAGCUCGAGGACUUGAAUACCUGCAUAGAGGGUGCACCAUGCGGAUAUUGCACUUUGAUAUAAAACCUCACAAUAUACUUCUAGAUGACGACUUUUGUCCUAAAAUUUCUGAUUUUGGUUUGGCAAAGCUGUGCUCUAGGAAAGAAAGUGUCGUGUCAAUGCUAGAAGCGAGGGGAACGGUUGGUUAUAUUGCCCCAGAAGUAAUCUGUAGAAACUUUGGAGCUGUUUCGCCCAAGUCCGAUGUCUAUAGCUAUGGAAUGAUGCUUAUGGAAAUGGUUGGAGGAAGGAAGAACAUCAGCAUUAAAGCAAGUCAUACAAGUGAAAUAUACUUUCCUCACUGGGCGUAUCAGCAUAUGAUACUUGAAAAGGACUUCAAAUUGCAUGGUGUAAUGACUCCUGAAGAAGAUGAAAUUGCAAGAAAGAUGGUCCUAGUGGGUGUAUGGUGCAUACAGGCUGAUCCAUCACAAAGACCAGCAAUAAGCAAGGUGAUAGAAAUGCUGGAAGGUAGCUUGGAGGCCUUGGAAAUCCCUCCAAAACCCUUCUUUGGUUCUCCUUCAAGAUCACCAGAAGCUUCUUCCAUUACAAUAGUUGAGUCAUGAUGCAACAGCAUUCAAAGCUCUUCUUUCCAUUCUCUAAUUUCCGCUCCGAAUUUCAGCUUGUUGCAUAUAUUUUACUCAUCUACAAGAAAUUGGCUUAUACAUGAAAUACCCAUCAUUCUGGUAAAGACCAAAACAAAAGGCAUGGAUAUGCAUUCUAAUUAAUUCUUACAUAUCUAUCUCCAU